AUGCGAAAGAGACCAACCAAGCGUUCCGAUGUUUUUCAGUUCAAAACUGUUGAUCCAGGUGGUGGUGCCGGUGGUAGCAGAGGUACUGGCAGCGGCGGCUUUGAAACUGGAGGCAAUGCAGCAAAUCUGGGGUAUGGACUGGCGUCAGGCAGGUUUCGCGCCAACAGCGCGGAUAUUGCCGAGGAACGUGGUACGCCAAUAUACCCCACAGCCCGAAAGGGGGAGGGUAAGAUCCUCCGGCCUCAGUAUAAAGAAAUCCUGAGAGAUCCCGCUCAUGUUUUGAACCUCAUAAACCAUUCACCGCCACCAAAAAAUGCAUCGUCGAAAGAAAAUGACGAAUACUCGAGUCGCAUAUCUAGAAUUAACAAAUUUAAACGUCUCCUGCAGACGAGCACCGUCCCUCUAACCGAAUUGAGAAACUUGGCGUGGUCAGGGGUUCCUGAAGAAGUACGAGCUAUGACUUGGCAGCUUCUCCUCAGCUACCUACCGACGAACAGCGAGCGACGAGUUUCCACCCUCGAAAGGAAGCGCAAAGAGUAUCUUGAUGGUGUUCGACAAGCCUUUGAACGCGGUGCUGCGGCCGCGGCAAACCCACCACCUUCGACCACUGGACGUGGGCGGGGCUUGGAUGAAGCAAUAUGGCAUCAAAUAAGCAUAGAUGUGCCGCGUACUAGUCCCCAUAUCCCACUUUACGGUUACGAGGCUACACAACGCUCCCUGGAAAGGAUUCUUUAUGUUUGGGCCAUACGGCAUCCAGCAAGUGGCUACGUGCAGGGAAUCAAUGACCUUGUGACACCUUUCUUCCAGGUUUUUCUUGGAAUCUAUGUCACAGACCUCAACGUUGAGGAAGGUAUGGACCCAGGCCAACUACCAAGAAGCGUCCUUGAUGCCGUGGAAGCGGAUUCUUUCUGGUGUCUUACGAAGCUGCUCGAUGGUAUACAGGAUAAUUACAUAUAUGCGCAACCAGGCAUCCAUAGACAGGUCAGAGCGCUACGAGAUUUGACCACGCGCAUCGAUUCUGGUCUUGCGAAGCACUUGGAGAAUGAAGGAGUGGAAUUUAUGCAAUUCAGCUUUCGAUGGAUGAAUUGUUUGCUCAUGCGGGAAAUGAGCGUACAGAACACCAUCCGAAUGUGGGAUACAUAUUUGGCUGAGGAGCAGGGCUUCUCACGAUUCCACAUAUACGUUUGUGCAGCUUUUCUUGUAAAAUGGUCGGACCAGUUGAUGAAGAUGGACUUCCAGGAGAUUAUGAUGUUCCUUCAAGCUCUUCCAACGAAAAACUGGACAGACAAGGAUAUCGAACUGCUGCUGAGCGAAGCAUUUAUCUGGCAGAGCCUGUUCCAGGACUCCCGUGCCCAUCUUCGCCCGACCGGUGAGAAAGCGCCCGAGGAUGGUUUGUAA